AUGAAAUUUGCUGAACAUUUGUCGGCGCACGUCACGCCGGAAUGGAGGAAGCAGUACAUCGAAUACGAGGCUCUGAAAAAGAUGCUGCACAUGGCUCAGAAGCAAGCCCCAUUGCCAGAAGUCACAGAACCUGCAGUCAUUCAGCGAUACCAUGCAUCGUUUGAAGAGAGAUUCUUUCAGAUAAGCGAAAAGGAACUAACCAAAAUAAACACAUUUUAUGCAGAAAAACUCGCAGAAGCCCAGAGACGAUUAGCAACGCUACAGAGCGAACUCGAAGCAGUGUUUGAUGUGCUGAGAGGUGACAAUGAGAGAUCAUCGGGGCAAUGGUGGAGCAUCCUUCAUAGACCAUACAGACACCGAGCGCGACACAAGAUCAUGUGUGACCUGAAGCUGGCCUUCAGUGAAUUCUACCUCAGUCUAAUUCUACUGCAGAAUUACCAGAAUCUCAAUGUUACCGGAUUUGGCAAAAUCAUGAAGAAAUAUGACAAGAUGUUUCAAACCAUGAAAGGGGCAGGUUGGCAAGCCACUCAGGUGGAGGGCUCGCCAAUAUAUACCAAUAAAAAGAUUGACCAGCUGAUAACUGAGGUGGAGUCACUCUACACCAAUCAGCUGGAGGGAGGGGACAGAGCACGAGCAAUGAAGCGACUUCGAGUUCCACCACUGGGAGUAACACAGACUGCUCCAGUGUGGACAACCUUUCGAGUGGGGCUGCAGUGUGGAAUCAUACUGGCACUGAUGGUGCUGAUAAUUAUCAAAGGUAUCUACGUAUCCCAGGAAGCCAGCGUGUGGCCCCUACUUAGGGCCUAUAGAGGAGGCUUCAUUGUGAUUGAGUUUGUCUUCCUGUUGGGAAUUAACACCUAUGGCUGGAGAAAGGCCGGAGUGAACCACACUUUGAUUUUUGAACUUGACCCCAGGAACCACCUCUCCCACCAUCAAUUCUUUGAGUUAGCAGGUUUCCUGGGGGUCCUCUGGUGCCUGAGUUUGCUCGCCUGCCUCUUCAGUACUUACAUCCAUACUCCAAUGCCAGUCAAUCCCUUGGUCCUAUAUGGAUUCAUGUUGUUGCUGCUCCUGAACCCCACCAAAACCUUCUACUACAAGUCCCGGGUCUGGUUAUUAAAAGUCUUGUGUCGCUCGGUAACUGCUCCGUUCCAUAAGGUCAACUUUGCUGAUUUCUGGCUGGCGGAUCAACUCAACAGCAUGGGAACCGUCUUCCUCGACCUCUGGUCCCUGAUCUGCUUCUACAUCUUUGAAGUGAACUGGGAAAACAACCAGGGCCUCCUGAGCCCCCCAGCAGAUAAAUUUGGGGGUACUGGUUACUCCUAUGGAGUGACCUGUAUCAUCCAGUGUAUCCCGCCCUGGAUCCGGUUCGCUCAGUGUCUCCGUCGAUACAGGGACAGCAGGAAUGCAUUCCCACAUCUAGCGAAUGCCGGAAAGUACUCCACGGUUUUCAUCAUGGUGACCUUUGCGGCCCUGUACUCAACUGAAAAAGGCAAGUUAAAUUCUGAGAUAGACUUUGAGACCUGCCUGGUAGCCCUGCUCCUGAGAGUGGAAAGCAAUCUCAAGACACCACUGACCAAACUACCCAAGAAGAUAGUUCAGGAUGAAUCAUCUGCAGGCCAGAGCCAAAGACCCGCCUUUGGGCAAAGCACACAUGACAUAAAUGCAAAACGCCCACAGCUGACGAUUGGUGUGAAGGUUUACUUUUACCUGUGGGCCGUAACUUCCUGUGUCAGCACCAUUUUUACUGUCGGGUGGGACCUGAAGAUGGACUGGGGGCUGUUAGACAAGAAGACCAAAGAGAACAAAUACCUGAGGGAGGAGACAGUAUAUCAAAAUAAAGUCUACUAUUACUGCGCCAUGCUUCAGGAUGUGAUACUGCGCGUUGCCUGGGCCCUCAAUAUCUUGUUUGUUCAGAAUAAGCAAUCCAAUAUGGCAGAAAUCAUCUCGACUACCUUGGCUCCCCUGGAGGUCUUCAGGCGGUUUGUCUGGAACUUCUUCCGACUGGAGAACGAGCACCUGAACAACUGCGGCCAGUUCCGGGCAGUCCGAGACAUUUCCAUAGCGCCCGCAACCGGCUUCAACCAGGCGGCUCUGCUGCUGAUGAUGGACCAGCAAGAAGGGGUCAGGAAUCGCGGAAAGGUCAAAGGUGGCAAUCAGAAAACCAAAUUCUCCUUCAAGUGGUCGAGAAGGGAAUUGGAUAAGCACCCGAAGGAGAAAAAGUCACAGGCUAGGGGGAAAGGGGCUUCCUGGCAAAUCUUAAUAGACACCCAGGGGCCCAAGUUUGAGAACCACACCUUUAAAACACUUUUUCCACCCCUAAAAGCCAAGAACUUAGAAACUCAAGUUCAUAUUGAAGAGAUGGAGGGUGAUGCUACAAAGAGCUGA